ACAUCAACAAAUAUGGCGACAGUCGAAGAGAGAUUGGCUCUUUAUCGGCAAAAGAGAUUGGAAAGAUUUGAUAGAGAACCUAAAAAUUUCCAAUCGAAAUCUGACAAAUCGGUCGACCCAAAUAUACCUGGGCCGACACAGGAUAUUUCAGACAAAAACUCUAAUAGGCAAAAAAGAGAAGAAAAUAUUUUCAAAGCAACCAUAAAAAUAUUAUCAAGGCCAAUUAACGACUUCGUGUCUUUUUUCAUGAAAACGAAACUAGGACGUGUAACUAACGCCAUCUCUGAGUCGAAAGCAUUAAUCGCUUUAAAAGUAGGUUUAUGGCUCGUCCUCUUUGGAUUGUUUGUUGAAUUGGAAUUUGGAUUCGUUUUCGUUGUGAUUUCCAUAUUUUUCAUCAUCUUCAUCAAUUUAGGCAGUAGAAAGAGAGGAGAGAAAAGUGCCUAUUCAGUAUUCAACGAAAAUUGUGAACGCCUGGACGGAACUUUUACUGCCGAGCAAUUCGAGAGAGAACUUCGCCACGGGUCAUCUUCCGUGAGAUAA